AUGGAAACGACGAGUCACAAUAACAGCCAUAUACAGAGGCGGAGGAAAGGCGGUAGAUCAUCUACAGAUGCGAGUAUAUCGAGUUCGAGGGAAAUCUGUAAGGAAGAUCGAGCUCUGAUGAACAAAAUCUUCAAUACCAAAAAUAUAAUCAAAGUCGGUACUUGGAACGUUUGUACCUCUUUUCAAGCAGGGCGGAUGGACCAGGCGCUGAAGGAAAUGAAAGCUUAUUGCCUAGACGUAAUGGGUGCCAGGGAGAUCAGAUGGACUGGACAGGGGCAAUUCCACUGCAAUGGAAUAAAUGUUCUGUGCUCUGGGCAUGAAGACCAGCCUAUUCAUGGUGUCGGUAUCAUCUUGAGUAAGGAGGCAUCACAAGCACUGAUUGGAUGGGAGCCAGUUAUCAACCGAUUAAUCACAACUAAGUUGAACAUUGGAAUUGCAAAAGUGACCAUAGUGCAAAUUUAUACCCCGACAGACUCAGCUGAAACAUGUUAA